CGCUCUGCUGUAUUACAAGGGGACUCCAGCUAUUACCCUGAUUUCAGCAGAUGAGAGCGUGAGAUUGCCACGUGAUUCUGGUCGCCAAUGUGCUCGUGCAGCACACCGAGCAUCAUGGCUGCGGAUGCUGCGGCUACUUGUUCUCCGGUCCGCAUCCCGCCGCCCCGUUUCCUGUCCCUUCUGCUGAUUCUUGUCACUUAUUUCCCCGCCACUGCUCUCGGACUGCUCGGUGUCCGCCCAGAGGAGACGGGAGGAGAGCUGUCCGUGGAGGACGGGGUGCUGAAGGCCACCGAAGGGACGCGGUUUAUGCUGCGUGUGUACUAUGCAGCAUCUCAGCCCAGGAUCAACAGAACUGUGAGCGGCAGAACCAACGCGGCCACAGCACCGUGGAUCGCUUUCAUUGAGGAGCCCAGUCCGGGAAGAGAGGGGCAGGUCCACCCGAAACGAAACUUGUGCAUGGACAAGAACGCCAGGACUUCCGAUAUUGAACUACUGGGCUCCUUCAAAUCCGCCUCCAGCCAAAACUCGGUCUUAGUGGAACUUCUCGCCAAGGACCUUCGCAGAGGUGAGAAAAUCAAAUAUUAUUCUAUGUGUGCCUUUGAUGGGGCAAAGUGGGAGCACUUUAGAACUAGAGAUUUCUGGCUUGCUGUGGUAGAGCGAUCCCCGGAACCUGACCUUUGGCUGCAAGUGCUUAUUUCGGUGGUGCUGCUGGGGCUUUCGGCGUUGUUCAGUGGGCUCAACCUGAGUUUGCUCUCGCUCGAUCCAGUGGAGCUCCAGGUGCUACAGAACAGCGGCACUGACAAGGAGCAGAAGUACGCGCGCAGGAUCGAAUCCGUCCGUAAACACGGAAACUAUGUACUUUGCACCUUGCUGCUGGGUAAUGCGCUCAUCAAUGCUUGCUUAGCGGUCUGGAUGUGUCAGAUUCUUGGCAUGACUUGGCUUUCCACUGCAAUCUGCACUUUCUGCAUAUUCUUCAUAGGGGAAAUCCUACCGCACUCUGUGGCGUCCAGGCACGGGCUAGCAAUCGCCUCCAAAACCAUCUGGGUGACUAGGCUUUUGAUGGUAUUAUCGUUCCCCAUCUCAUACCCCAUCAGCAAGCUGCUAGACACAAUUCUUCACCAAGAAAUCAGUAACUUUUACACCCGGGAGAAAUUACUGGAGAUGCUGCGAGUAACCGACCCAUACCACGACCUGGUGAAAGAGGAGCUCAACAUCAUACAGGGAGCUUUAGAACUUAGGACCAAGACCGUGGAAGACGUGCUAACCCCUCUGAACGACUGCUUCAUGCUGGCCUCCGACGCUGUAUUGGAUUUUAACACCAUGUCCGAAAUUAUGCAGAGCGGGUACACCCGAAUCCCCGUGUUCGAGAACGAGAGGUCCAACAUCGUGGAUAUCCUGUUCGUCAAAGAUUUGGCCUUUGUCGACCCCGACGAUUGCACCCAUCUAAAAACCAUCACACAGUUCUACAAACACCCCAUGCACUGCGUUUUCAACGACACCAAAUUAGAUGCCAUGCUUGAAGAAUUCAAAAAAGGUAAAUCUCACCUGGCCAUCGUUCAGAGGGUGAACAACGAGGGCGAGGGCGACCCCUUCUACGAGGUCAUGGGCAUCGUCACUCUGGAGGACGUCAUCGAGGAGAUCAUCAAGUCCGAGAUCCUGGACGAGACCGACCUGUACACGGACAACCGCACCAAGAGGAGGGUGUCGCACCACGAGAGGAAGCAGCAGGACUUCUCCAUCUUUAAGCUGUCGGAGAACGAGAUGAAGGUGAAGAUCUCACCUCAGCUGCUCCUCGCCACUCACCGCUUCCUGUCCACAGAGGUGGAGCCUUUCAAGCCCGCCCACCUGUCUGAGAAGAUCCUGCUGAGGCUGCUGAAGCACCCCAGCGUGGUGCAGGACCUCAAGUUCGACGAGAAGAACAAGCGGGCGGCGCAGCAUUUCCUGUUCGUACGCAACAAGCCGGUGGAUUACUUUGUCCUGGUGCUUCAGGGGCGCGUGGAGGUGGAGUUCGGGAAGGAGGCCCUGCGGUUCGAGAACGGGGCGUUCGCUUACUACGGCGUCCCCGCCAUCAUGCCCUCCCUCUCCUCAGUCAACAGAUCCCCCUCCCGCAGCAGUGGACUCAACCGCUCCGACUCCAUGCUCUACGGGGGGAGCAUGAGCCAGCUGAACGCCACUAACAGUGCCUACCUGCCUGAUUACUCCGUUCGCCAGCUUACCGACCUGCAGAUCAUCAAGAUCACCCGGAGUCACUACCAGAAUGCCCUGACGGCCACCAGGAUGGACAGCUCCCCGCAGACACCCGACGCGGACGCCCAGAUUAACGAGGACAGCACCCCGGACCCGGAGGCGCCCGCGGCCGAGGGCCACACCCCCCUCCCGCAGAGGGAGCCCCGCCCCAGCUCCGCCCGCUCCCGCCCCCAGCAGUCCAGCGUUCCGCACAGCACCACGGUCCUCAACGAGAAGAACCGCAUCGUCCGCAGCAAGUCAGACGGGCAGAAAAGCCCCAGUGACUCGGUGUUUCUGCGAAUGGAUGAGAUCCCGUACAUCCGAGAAGAUCGGCCCGAAGGUGAAGGAGAAAAUGACACCAUUGCUGUUCCCAUGGAGACGGAAGCUCCCUCCCCCUUCAUCAGCACUCUGUCCUUGAGUGGAUCGGAGGAGACGCUAGGAAAGAAGCUGCUCCUCAAACUGAGCCAUAAGAAGAGGAAAAGAUCACGGGAUGGGGAAAGGACUCCAGAUGACAACUCAGAACAGCCCCUGGUGAAGACCUAGCAGGACGUCCUGUGGGUGGAAAGGGGGGGGAGGGAGGGGGGGGGGUGUGGAAGAAUAGAUUUUUUUUACAUAGAAUAAUAUCAACAAGACUUUCUUAGAGGCUCCAGUUGCUGGUUGACUGCUGGCAUAAAAAGUAUGAAAGAAAUAAAUUAUAUAUAUUCACAUACAUAUAAAUACUACAUAUAUAUAUAUAGAUACACACACAGAGACAGGUGACAAAUUAAAGGGAAAACCUGAAUAAAUAAGUAGAGAAACAACAAAUGCAGAUUUUUCCAUACAGGUGUACUGCAUGAUACAAGCAAUUAACAUCCUAUCAUGCUCUGUGGCAUGUAUAAAAAUGCUGAGCAGGCCCAGUUGAUCUAAAUUAUGGAUCAAGAUGGAAAGAGGAAAAGAUGUAAGUGACUUACGACUUAAGACUUAAGUGACUUAAAUUCAUUAUUGGUUCAACACCUAACACUUUAUGUUGGUUUUGCCUUUGAUUUGUCAUCUGUCUGUAUAUAUAUGGGUUUGUCUGUGCCACACAACUGACAGUCACAGACAGAAACAAUUUUCAUUUGCUGCAUUUACCACAUAGGUAUUUUUAGUUAGUUUGGAAAUGUUAGUGAUGAAUUUAGAAGGUUUAGGGUGGGAGGACUUAGGUGGAUGUGCAGGUGCAUGCCUGAAUACAUCUAAUCGCCCGAGAAAAUAUUGAAUCAAUCCUGUAAUUCAAGGAAACGGUUUUUUUUUUGUUUUUUGUUUUUUUGUCAUGUAACAUAUGUAAGUGCAACAGUGUUAACAUGUAGCUAGUGCUGGAGAACAUAAAUGGUUGUCAUAGCUGUGGUGACCGGACACAGGGUGAGAACUGUGUCCACUGGGAACUUCAUUGGCGAUUCUGACUAAGAGACCAGCCCUGAGGGACAGGAGAACAAAAGUCCCAAAAAUGGAAAUUUCGGGAGUCAUGCGCGCUGAGCUGGGCUCGGGGCGAAGCGGCUUGAAUGUAGAUUAGCAGCAGAUCUCUGCAGCUGCGAGUGCUGAAGGAAGUGGGACAGAACUGUGGGACUGGUGGGAGGGGGGGGGCUGUUAACAGGCAGCUAUUUUACAUAUAUAAGGGGUCAGCAAUAUUGCUGCUGGAGCAGUGCUGUCGUACGAGUCUGGUCUUUUCUGAUGAUAAAAUAAUGCCAGCUUGGGCUUUAUUUUCAUUACCUGUGCUAAUUAAUAACAACAAAUCCAGUCACAUGAUCAAGGGUUUAACUUUUGCACGCCACGUGAGGAUUCUGGGAAGUUUGAGAAUCACACUGCUGCUCUCCAGUAGAUGAGAAGGAGAUUUCCCCAUGCUGGGAGCAAUGCUUGUUUGCAGUCACCAAUGCUGACACCAUACCUGGUGGUAUUAAACCAUAGCCACUCAAACAUACGACAGUCAACAGUCAACCAGAGGCAACUGACUUCAUGUGACCAGAUGUUAAUGGCGAUACACUUAAUUCAAAAUGGUUUCAAGGUCCUCCCCAGGUGGUCUUUGGAAGAGACAGGACGACCUGGAGAGCACACAGAACCUCUGAGCCUAUCAAACCAGAGGCCAAGGAAAGACCUUGUUCCACACUUUUCUGUUCAUCUCAAAUUCAUCACUUACGGCAGGUAAAAUCAUGUUGUCUCAAUUUUUCAUUAACAUUACAGCAGAUAUAUAUUUUUCCUUGACAGUAAUAUAAUGUAUGUCAUAGCCUAUAUCUGAACAAAAAGCCAUAAGCUUGAAUGGAAUUCAAAAUUUCUUACAGCCAGUUCUGUUCUCAGACUUAACAGCAGUCAAAAUGUAAUGAGGCACAAAUAACAUGUAUGUGCCAAAACUGAAUAAAAGUAAAAAUAUCUCAGGAGCUCUCUGGCAAUUUAAGACGUAUGAUGAUGCAGACCGAGAUUGAUAUGGAUUGAUUACCGAUUUAUUAACCAAAUAACUGGAUCCACUUUUCUCACAUAGGUGAGAGGAAAAGCAGUUUCACUCUGAUUGGAGGGCCAUCUUCCCUGAAUGAUGACCUCACAGUAGGGUGAUCUAGACAGGCAAUGCCCUCAUCCACACCCUUAUCACAGUGCAGCUACACUUCCACCCUACUCCGUCUUCUUGGUCCACCCUCACCUACCACUCGCUAAUUCAGGAGAACCUUGAACUUUGACCUCUCUUCAGCAAUGAGGCAGUUCUUUAGACUCUCAGAGAAAAAGGUGGCAGUGCUCAGCAUUAGCCUACAUCAUCAUUGUGAGACAUAAACAAAUCAGCUGACCUCUGCCAAGAAGCCAUCAGGGAGGAUGACACAUUUUGGUAUGUGAGACUGGACAUUGCGGGUUGGGGGGUUGUGGUUUUAUAUAUUCUCCUGAACAUAUCCACCCUCGUUCACAAAGGUCCCUUAAGCCAUAAGGUGCACCUUAUACGUUGUUCACUAUUAGCCACAGCAGGAAAUGGAACCAAAGAUUUGAACAAUAAUAAUUUUGUUCUACAUGAUGACCUACUACAGAUAUAAUCAGACGUUCUGUAAAACAUCAAGGUUUGCUGAUAAUUGCUAUUUUGUGUCUCUUGUUCAUUGUUUUAUUUAGCCAUGGUUCUCAAGUUUUCAGCCCUAAGUUCUAAAGCUGUUUUUUGUUUUCGAUUUUGGGGUUGGGGUGUUUGUUACCCUCUUCGGGCAUUAAGAGAUCGUGCUGAAGGAGGGGGUGCUGUUUUGCUGUCGAGGUACGGGAAUGCCAAGCCAAUUGAACUGGGCCUCCGUUUUCUGCAUGCUUUGAGUACAGAUAAGCAUGAUGUAGGAACUCUUUGUGACUAGGGCAAAUCAGGCCACUCAACUUUGGGGAA